UGAGGAUAGACAGUUCCAUACGAGCGCUUCGCACGGUCGUUUUAUAUACAGGCGUUUCAAGCUCAUCGUCGUCGCGUGACAAUUGGCGAAAACUAUCGUACAGAAUACAAUUGGUAAACAAACAAACAAACAAACAAACAAGCUAAAGGGCAGAAAACAAAGACGACGCGACGCAGCGAUUCUAAACCGUGAUUAUACAAAUCAGUGACUCCGGCUGCUGAAGCCCCAACCGUCACCGAACAAACUUCGGGCAUUAACUAUAAACAGUGAAGAUGAUUCGGUGUUCGAUUAUCUCGGCAGCUGUUGUGCUGUGUCUUGCUGUCGCCUACAGCGAAGGCUCGGCUAUUCCAAUGUGGGAAUUCCUGUCGAAGGAAGAAAAAAUGAGUCACUUGUACAGAGUGUUCAGCAAACAGGUGGCAAAAUAUUGCGCAGAUUCAUCGAAGCCUGAUUGCAACAAAAAUCUGCUAGUCUCAGGCCUCAGAAACCUGGCAAACAUGGACGAGGAUUAUCUCAACACAAUGGACCCCUACCAGCGCGGUGCCACGGAAAUGAUUUGGCACGCUUUGUUGACCAACGACGAUUUCGAAUCUACAUUCGAACGUGAGGGAGAUUCCUUGUACUACUAUUCUGAAGCUGAUCGUUUCGGCGACAACUUUGGCAGUGAUAAUAACGGCCUUGCUGAAGAGUCUUCGGCGCCUUCCGGCGACUAUGUUCGUCCGGCCGGUCACACUGGGCCUUACUUGAUGGGCCCAAUGGUGAUCCGAGUGCUUCCUGACGGCCGCCCUGUUCCCGGAGAUUCGAAACUUCCGCUGCCCCGCGACGAGGACGUCGACGAUCUGAAGUACGCGAAGUUGCCGUCCAUCGCGGAAAUCGAGUCGAGGUCUUUUUUCUUCGGCAAGUCGCUUGCCUCGUCGGGAAAACCCGCUAAACGACCGAUAUUCUCCGUCGGGCAGCAGAAACCAAGCGUAAUUCUCACUACCAGACGAUCCGGAAAUCAGCAGAAGAAUCCGCUUUUCGACGACAGAGCUCGCGGUGAAAAAGAUAUCUUCGACAGCUACGAGCGAUCCAUUCGAUAUUAUUAAAAAUCUGAGAAGUUUUCUUGUUAUUUCCGUUAUUUUUUCAUAUCUUUUUUUUUUUUUUUUUUUGAUUCGAUUUGACAAACGUCAAUUAUUUUUGACGAUAUUUUUUAGUGAUAGUGAUUAACGAUUGCUUAGCCAAAAAAAAAAAGAACAAACACCUUAUUCUGAUGGAAAAAAAUCGUAUAUAGUUUAACUU